AUGACGGCGACGCUACACUUCCGGUUGCGUCUGACGUCACUUCCGUUUCUCUUGGCAACAGCAGGACGCGGAGGAAGAGUUCUAAGAGUUCUCUCUGUCUCAAACACGGACAACAUGGCAGCGACUGAGCACGCUGAAGUUGAAGAAACACUGAAGAGGAUCGAAGCCCAUAAAGGUGUGAUUGGCACAAUAGUUGUCAAUGCAGAAGGUAUUCCCAUCAGAACGACUUUAGAUAACUCCACGACGGUUCAGUAUGCUGGACUCUUUCGCCACCUCACCAUGAAGGCAAGGAGCACAGUGAGGGAUAUUGACCCUCAGAACGACCUCACCUUCCUCCGUGUUCGCUCCAAGAAACAUGAGAUCUUAGUUGCACCAGAAAACGACUUCCUGCUGAUAGUCAUCCAAAACCCAUGUGAAUAGCUUCUGGACAUUUCCAUGAGAGUCAGCCUUUGUUUUGUCACAUGAUGGUGGUUUAUCCAGGCAAAAUAUCGUUUUACACUGUGUUACCUUAUGUUACAGCAUAAUCCCUAUUUUCCUAUUUGAAACUCAAGUAUGUUGCCUUAAUCUACAUGAUGCAUUGGUUUUACUUUAUGUAUCCCUGUUUCUUUCAAUGUUCUUUUUGUGUUGAUAUUGAAUAUGUCAGUAAAAUUAAGCUGGUGGUGAUCGUACAAUAUUUACUUAAUCAUCCCUGUUCAUUCUGAUGGGUGACAAAUGCAAUGAAAACCCUGAAUAAA